CUCUUACAUGUCACCACUCGAUUCAAGUUGUUUCCCAGAUUCACCUCCAUCGUCAAUCCCAAUCAAAGUACUAUUCUGUCACUAUCACUCCGACCUCACCGUCGCUUUGAUCUGGCAAGCUCCUUCGAAACUCCCACUGUUGACAACCCAACCCGUGUUUCGCCAACUUUACAGCUCGCGCCGGAUCGACCCCCAGCUUUUUUCCCUUCUAGAUCCAAUCUGCCAUUUUCUGACGACCUAAAACUCCCGUACCAAACAUUCUGCGCGACCUGUUCACCAGCCUUGACUAGCCCGCCAUUCUAUCAGCUACUUCAUUCACACGACCAACCGCCCGCGCUUGCGCUUGAAGUCCUGUUUUCCGGCUUGACAUUCACCAAGACUUUUCACUCGGUGUGCGAACGACCCCUGCUGGCUGUCUCUUGAGCGGAAUGUCGGCAUGGAGGCCGACAAUGCCUCGACUUUCAAUGCUAAGCCGCCACCAUUGAAUUCUGAUCAACUCAACUAUCUCAUAUGGAGGUGCGCAAACCAUUAAACCUCCCCAUUGAGAGACGCUGACCAGAUUUUGUAGAUAUCUUCAAGAAUCUGGUUAUGCUGAAGCAGCCGUCAAACUCCAGCGCGACUGGAAAGUUGACGCAGAGAGUCUACCAUUCGCGAAGUCUAUCAAAGGCCAUGCACUCGUUCAUCUCGUCCAGAAGGGACUUCGGUACCAUCACCUGUCACUAACAAUUGAUGAGAAUGGUCGACCGUCGAAACAGCUCAACCCGUCAAUGUUUUUCUUUGGUCCAGAAAGUAACGAACCACCGCCAGAGUUACGCGAAGAGUCUAUACCAGCGGCAUCGCCCGCGCCAUCGAGUACUACCGCUCCGAAGUUAUGCCGCGAAAGCGUUCCCAACGGCCUUCCUGAAACUCUUGCACAUCCAGCAUCUAAGCGAAGCCGGAAGACGGCAGCCGGCUCAGAUCGUAAUGGAGGCGUUGCGCGUAAGUCUUCCGGCGCAGCGCACCAAGUUGGACUUGAUGUCGACAUGACGAAUGGCCACCCUCCCUCGGUGACAGAUGCAAGAUCCCCAUCAGCCACCGAAGGAGGAGUCGACGAGCAUGGUCCCAUGGCUAAUGGUGAUCGCAUGGACGUUGACGAGGAGUCAUUGACUGCUGACCAGCCGAACCACGAUAUCAAGUCCGAGGCUGUACCGCCGCUGAUUCAUACCCUGAGCAACGGAGCAAGCGUAGGUAUUCAGGUUGCGCCUGCCAAGGUGGCAAAUCUAGCGCCUUCAACAACAUAUCUACAAAUUCAAGAUAUUGUUCCAAGCCCAGAAGCCAAAUCUCUGACGCGGGUAUCAUGGCGUCCAACGGACAAUAAUAUUGUGACAGCCAUUGGCGACAACUUUUGUGGAACAUGGAACCUUGCCUCCGACUCUAAGCAGCAGCCUCCGUUUCAGGAGCUUCUCGAGUCGUCCACGUCAACUUUGGUCAGCGCUGUUGCCUGGGAGCCGAGUGGAGAGAUGCUUGCCAUUGCAACAUAUAGCAAUCAAUCUGGCCAGAUACACUUGUUUGACGGACAAGAACUUGCCCUUAUGGAGUCGUUACCAGCUUCGCAACGGGCAAUCACGUCUCUGAGAUGGCAAAGCCAGGGCUUGCGCUUGCUAGGCAUCGCACCAUACGACUCGGAGUCAUCAGGUUCUCCACAGCAUAGUGGUUCAUCCAUUCUUCUUUGGGAUUUAUCACGGUCUCCCAAUUUUACCGGGCCAUUGUCUGUGUCAGUUCCAGAGGUUCUUGUGGACAUGGACUGUGCAUUGUUCGACGGCAAUGGCAUUGUAUGCGCAACUGGCCAGCGCGCAGUAUAUCACUGUCAGGCAUUCUCGGACCUGGUGUUACAGCAGAAAUGGAUGUCCGACGCAACUGAAGGCGAUCAAUGGACUUUUGUCAGAUGUGCCUGGCAUGAACCAUCCAGUGCUACUCUGGUCACUGCUUCGGCUGAUACAGGGUCUCUGUGGAUGCCGGUCCAGAAUGUGUUCAAGAAGGGAGCCCACGAGGCAGCCAUCACAGGUCUUGAGCUCCGUCCGCGGCAACCUGGCACAGGUCCGUCGAUGAAGCAAGAAUUCGCUACUUCAUCAAUGGAUGGUACUGUCAAAGUGUGGGUAUUGGACCCGGAAAGCAACGCUAUUGUCUCGAUUCGCAAGCUCAUAAUUGGAAAUGCUUCGCCGAUCAUGACGCUUUCCUAUUCUCCCGACGGCUUCUGUAUGACAGGGGCGAGUUACGACACCAUCCGCAUCUGGAACGCCGAACAUAAUUAUCAUCACAUGGCGACGUGGAAGGGAGAAGAAGAGUCCUGGAAUGGGGCGCGACUCAGAGACGACGACAUGAUGAGUAUUGGUGGCGCUUCGAGUAUAAAUGGAGACGGACUUCAGGCUAGCGCCGAUCAUUCUUUGAGUUGGGAUGCUGACAGCAAGAAGCUGGCCUUUGGUCUUGGAGUUCAGGUCGCUGUGAUUGACUUCCAGCGUUGAAACAAUCAGGAUCCUUGCCUGGUCCUCGAGGAGCGUCAUCGAACUUUCUUGUAGGCAUCGCCCUUCCGUAACAUGUUGGGCUAUACGAUGCCAAUUCAGGUCAAUUAUGGCUAGAUAAGACCAGCGCCAUUACCAUUGGGUUGUUUGGUGGUCGAAGGAUAGGAAGAGUCAUUUGUGUUAUCCAAAGCUGAGCGUUCUCGAAAUCACCCCAUUCAUCCUCAUCGGUGUACUCUAGAGCGUUAUUCUUUGCGUUCGAUAGAGGGGUUUGUGAACCCUUGGACACUCUCAGCUCCUCCUCGACAUCUCGAAAGCCGCGAAGCCACGCAGUGACGCCCUCAUGUAGAGCCUUCGCAUCCGAUGUACCAUCUAGACCAUUCUUCGGCGACACGCCAAUCGGUUCUUCCACGUAAUACCGGCCGCGAAACCUUCCACGACCCCUCGUUACAACUCUCCGCAUAGUGCGAGCUGGCGUCGGAGAGCCAUUGAUCCAUCCUUCGAGACCUGCAACGGCGCUCGACAUAGCAUCGACCGCGACCUCUUUCUUUGCAGAUUCUGUAUGAGCUCGACUCAGAUCUGCGUAAAUCCGGUCAUUUUCCUGCCUCAGAAGCAGAUUCUCUUGCUUCAACAUCACCAUAUCUUCCGCAAAGGUGCGCAGUCUAUUCUCUUGUUGCAGACAUCGCUGGGCGACCGCCUCCAACUUCUCAACGGUCAAUCGAUGAAGAUGUUUCUGCUCUUGCUGUCGCAUGCGCAUCGAUUCAACGGUAUUUGCCAAGCUUACUCGGACAGCUUCGAGAUCUUGCUGUGAGACGGUCGCAGGCGGUGUCGCACGUUGCGGGGUGGAUUCUUCUGAAUCGCCUUCUUCCGACAAAUCCUCUUCUAGAGCGACUUCGAUGUCGCGAAUCGCUUUCUCCAGUUUCCUCCUCUUCCCACUGCGGAUUGUACCAUCUUGUUCACUAGCCCAGAUCUCUGACACCAAACCGUUGAGACGAGUUGCGAUUUCGGAAGGAGGUGGUGUGUCAGAUAGAUUGGGAGACUCUGGUGACUUUUCGACGGGGCCAGGUGUGUUUGUUCGCAGGCUGAUGGCUGAAUCUGCGAAGAGCGAGUUGCUGGUCCAGGCCGAACCUGGGCGGAUGGGGGAGAUGGGCGCGGUGUGCUCCAUCGACGAGAUAUAUCACGAGUUUGUGUGUUUAUUUGUAAUAUUAGGCCAUAUGCGAUUUCAUUGUGAGUGAGAGGUGAUAAAUGGCAGUCGUCUUGGGAGCGAUUGGAGUGCGGGCUGGGCUGGGCUGGAUGAGCAUUAACAUGUGGCUGGUAACAUCACGGUCACGGAUUGAUCACAUUGGUGGAGAAAAUUAUGCGCAGCGAGGCUGCACUGUGCCUGAACGAGUGUCUCCGAGUCUUUCGCGGAUCUCUGACUCAAAAUAUAUCGC